UUCCUCAAGCGGCAGAUCGUAUUUCAUGGCCCCAAGUCACGAGCCGUGCGCCUCUCCGAACUGGUGUACCUGGCGUUGAUGCAAGCAUCACCGGUAAACUCGAACUGAGCUGCCUGCGACCCUCCCAUACCUCUAAACGAGCUCGGCAAUAAUAAAAGCUCCUGCUACGCGUCUGUCGCGUAAAGUGGGAACUGCACAUAAUAGCCUUGGCGUCUACUGCCUCAACAUAUAUCAUGGCAGACACAGCUAGUGAAGAUGAGCGCGAGCGUCUCAAAGCCGCACUCUGGUUUGCAGUCGGUAAAAUCGUCGAUGAAGAGUCAAUCAAGCAGGACUGCAACGCCACGCCUCAAUUCAUCGGUGCACUGACCGAGAUGGUGUGGGCCCAGAUUGAAUCCGUUGCCGGCGAUUUGGAGAGCUUCAGCCGGCAUGCACGGAGGACCACGGUGACCACAGACGACGUGGUGCUCCUGGCGCGGAAGAACCCUGAUUUGCUAGAUAUUGUCCGCGGCUUCGUCGAUCAGCAAAAGGCAGACAAGCAGAAGAAGGGGAAAGGAAAGGAAAGGCGCUGACUGGUUGUUUAAACGGUCUUCUUCAAGAUCGGGGAGGGUGAUGCGCGAGGUGUACUAUUGAUACCCUGUGGUUAUGAAUGUCAUGAAUUGAAAUAGAUUGCCAGAGGCUAGCCUAUGCCGUGACCCUAUUAAUGGGUAGACUUGUGAGGUAUCUCGUAGUGAUGAACUCCCAACGCCGAACACAUAACGCUUUCCUCACCAUGUUUCAACUCCAACGCCUCCCGUCUA